AUGAUUCAACCAUCUGCCCUCGUCCUGCUGGCAGUAAGCCUCUUCACCCCAGCAGCAUCAGCCCACGGAGAGAUCACUUCCCCGCCCGCCCGUCUCCCCGGCCCAGCGAUGGCUCAAGCCUGCGGCCAACAAGCCGUCAACGCCGUCCUGGCUGAUAGCACCAUGCCAAUCGAAUCUGUUCCCUUUUCGUCGUCCUCCUCUUGCAACCCCUUCCUCUGCCGCGGCGCUCUCUUUGCCGACAACGCCUCCCUCCUCCAACGCUUCACGCCGGGUCAAACGAUCCCUUUCAAAGCCUCCAUCCCGAUCCCGCACGAGGGGCCUUGUAACGUGUCUGUUGUCAACACUCAGACAAACUCGGUCGUUGGACAGCCGUUGCUGGUGUUCGAUUCAUACGCGGAUGAAAGACUCGCGAGGUUGCCGGCGAAUAACACUGCUUUCAGCGUCACGCUGCCAACGGAUGGGGAGGUGUUGAAAGAGUGUGGGGCCCCGGGAGUUUGUGUUCUGCAAUGGUUCUGGUUCGGAGAGGGGGCGAGACAGACGUAUGAGAGCUGUGUUGAUUUUGUUGUUGAAGUAUCGACGGGAGUGCAAGAAGGAGCGGCACAGGGGGGAGGGGAAAAAUUGAACAAGUGCGGUCGAGUCGGCAAACGUCGUCAACGGAGGUGA